CAGAUGCCGAAGCAGGGCAUGAUCAGAUGGCCAGCCUCUUGGGCUACGCUCUGUGGGGUCGUCAUGAUUGCGCUGGAUGGCGUGGCUCGAGCUCGGCUCAGCAAUUGAGCUGCUAAGGCCUCGCGAAGGAAAGUCUCGCUAGUCAUAUCGUUCAAUAUCGCUUGUCGACCCAGAUCGUUGGGCUUGUACAGAUCGCUCCUGGCAGUCUUAAGCAGCGACAGGGGGAAUAUGCCAGCAUCCUAGACGAUACACGGCACAUAACUCACUCACUCACUCACUAACUCGCUCGACAUUGCUGGCGACACCCACAGAGCUCGACUAGGAGCACCUUCUGACGAUCCUACUUCUCCGACAGCAUAGCCAGACCAAGACAAACAGCGACGACAUGGGCAGAAAGGGCAGGACAAGUCUCGUUCUGGCAGCCGCUACUCUCCUCGCAUCCUCAACUUCAAGUGUAGAAGCCGUCGCAGCACCUGAUCUAUCGUCAUCGACGACCACAAGGAGCAACCACCUCGUCGAAAGAGCCUCAGUCUUGUCAGUCUACUGCGCCGGCACGUCACUGUUCACGCCUUGCCCUGCGCCAACGAAUGGCGUCGCCUACUGCACACUGGCACUCAAGUGCGCCUUCAGCUGUAACACCGGAUAUACGGUCUCUGGAUCCUCCUGCGUCCUCGCUGCCUCGAGUAAGGCGAAAGCUCGCAAGAAACGUGAUCUAGCAAAGGAGACACUCUGCCCUACAGGCGAAAGUGCAUGUCCGAUCGCAGGCUCACAUACAUACCAAUUCGCUUCAGUAUUCUUAGACAAGCUCGAUUCGACCUCCGCCAUGAGUAUAGGCGACGGACUCGCAUGGGAGUGUAUCGAUCCCACUUCUCAGAUCGAUUCGUGCGGCGGGUGCGCAGCGAGGGGCGAAGGCACAGACUGCACGAGCAUACCUCACAGCAGAGGUGUCGGAUGCCAUAAAGGCACAUGCACCGUCUUUAGCUGCGUAGACGGCUUCUCGCCCUCUGCCAAUGCCACCGCUUGUCAGCCCAUCCAUCUCUUCAACAGUCAAGGCAUACAUGCACAUCCACAUGCGAGCGGCCAUGGACACAACCAUAGCAACACGCACCGGCGGCGAUCUGCGCACGCACACGCGCACAGCGGAGGACAUCGACAACUGGCGCAAGCGUAUCAUGUACAAACAUCGAGAUCAUCUGGGCAUCACUCGCAUCACGCCCGCGGACAUUCUCGAUAGCCUUCAUUAGUCACUAUAGACGUUGUCAUUGCCUUCAUUGCACCUCACGCCAUUCGAUGUAGGCUUGCGCCUCAGAUCUUUCAUGACUCGUUAGAUUAGUACAUUGUGUAUGGAUACAGGUCACUCUGCUUCACUCUUGCGACUGUGGCAGCAGGUCUAUCGUCUUCUGUCCAGGUCUUUGGCUAGAUUUCACCGCGUUCUCGAACGAGUCCAUGAUUUGAUGAAGGCCUGCCACUUCGUCUGCAGGCAG